AAGCAUACAGAUACAGCAAACCCCAGCUCGCUUCGAACAAUAAUUGCGUCUCGGAGCCGCGGAACUGAGAUCAAUUCAUAUUCAUAUCUGCCGCUCAAUUGCGCUGUCUCAAGAUGAGGCCAGCUCUACGAUUACUCGCCAAUGUCAAGCAAGCCCGGUACUUGGAGCCUUUUGCUCCAACCGGUUUGACCGGACUGGUUACACAUCCCAGUCCUCGCUCGACACUUAUCUUCCUUUAUACCCAGACUCUCGAGAAACUUAAACAAUUCCCUGAGUCUUCAGCCUAUCGUCAAUCUACAGAAGCUCUUACCCGUCACCGCCUCUCAAUUAUCGAAUCCACCAAGCCCCCCGGUUUUGACGAAUGGCUGCAGCGCGUGAAGAAGGUUGUCGCCGAGAACCCCGAACAGUUCAAGAAGGCUCGUUUGGCAAAUGGAAUCUUUGCAGGAAUUCAACAGGAUGACAUUCACGGCGGCACAAAGGCACAAGAAUGGGACGGAGCUGUUGGACCUAUUACCGAGGGACCUACGCGGACACCAGAGGAAGUCGCUCAGUGGGAAAAAAUUCUUGAAGAGGCUACCCAACCCGAGAGCGCAUCUGAUUUUCAUCAAGAGACUAUCAAUUGGGAGAGUGAGCCAUCGUUGGAGGCACAACAGUAAGUCUUUUCUUAAAUCCAUUAAUGUUUCGCCGCAUUCGAUCAGGAUUGCACUAAUAUGUUAUAGAAUUGCCGACAUCGAAAAUAAGAUUGGCGCUGGUCUGAUUGAGGAAGUUAUUCAAGUGGCCGAAGGGGAACUGAAUCUCGUCGACGAAUUGGCCAAGGCCAAAGUGUGGGAGGAGCUUGCUGAAAAGCCCCAGCCCGGACAAUGGACAUAUUUCUCUCGCGACACACAUACUCCUGGAAAGCCCUGAUCGUGCUAACUUGAGUAUAGAUGUAUUUAUAGUGAUUAAUUGUCUAGAGAAGAUCAAUUUCAUGCCUUAACGGUCUUCAACAAUCUUGUCAGCAAUAGAGCUUUGAAACUGACACUUAAUGGGCUCGUCGAAUUCUAAAAAGGUUAGUUGCCUAGGAAUGAUAAAGUAACCAACUUGAACGG